UCCAGCGCGCGAGGAGGAGGAGGAAGAGGAGGAGGAGGCUGCUGGUUGUGUGUCGCGGCUGGAAAACAGAGUUUAGGUCGCUAUGUUAAACUCCUGGACAUGAGUGCACGCGCCGUUGAGCGCAGGAGGCGGUGGCCCCCCCACCCUCUACAUCUUUAACGUGUUCAUUCAGAGCUCCACACAGUAGCCCACCCACCCCACUAACCAGCUUGCCUCCUCCUUCUUCCUGGAUGUAAAAGGAGCGACUCCUCACCAUCACCCGGACACUUGUGACCGCUCGGUUCGGACCUCCAUUUCAGAACAUUCCAACAAACCCUUUACAACGAUGUAGUGUGUGAUGAUGAUGAUGAUGAUGAUGAUGCAGAGACUAGAAGGGGGAAGGAAGAGUGACUGACACUCUCCAUCUUUUUGCCACCUUACACACUCUAUGUCUGUCCUGACGGGACGGCUAGAGUGCCAUGUCAUCAACCACCCCCCCGUCGGCCCAACCCUCUAAAAAGGGGAGGAAGCUGGAGAAGUCAGAGGUGAUGGCCGAUUCACCUCAGCCCACCAGCGAGGAACUUAGGAGCAAACUGAUGGAUGUUCAGCUGGAGCUGCAGCAGGAGCGUGGCAAGGUCUGUAAGCUCCGAGAGCGUCUACAGGAACAGCGACAGGCCCGGGAGCUGGAGCAACACAAACACGCUGUGGCGCUGACAGACCUGCGUGCCAAACUCCAUGAAGAAAAGCUACGUGAGAUAGCGUGCACUCGCGAGGCACAGGCUCGGCAACAUGAAGCGGAGUUAACCCGGGCGAUCAAGAUCCGGGAUACAGAAGUGCAGAGGCUGCAGGGACUUGUAAAUGCUCUGAGGGAUGGAGCAGCUGACAAGCUGAAAAAUGCCCUCCUUGGGGAGGCUCGGGAGGAGGCCCGCAGAGCUUUUGAUGGGGAGAGACUUAAACUACAGCAGGAGAUUCAGGAGCAAAAAACAGCCAGGAAGCAGGCAGAGGAGGCCCUAGCAACUGCAAUGCAGGCUGAUAAAGCCAAAGCAGUUGAUCUACGCACAGCCUACCAACAACACCAGGAUGAGAUUCAUCGAAUUAAACGGGACUGUGAGAAAGAUAUUCGCAGGCUGAUGGAUGAGUUGAAGGCAAAGGAUCGGGUGAUGUGUGCCCUGGAAAAAGAGUUGGGGGUGCAGGCUGGAUAUGCCCAGAAGCUCCAGCUUCAGAAAGAAGCCUUGGACGAACAGCUGGGACAGGUACGAGAGGCUGAAAAAUAUAACCACGGCAGCCCAAAGCGAGAGGUGGUGCCUGGGCUAGGAGAAAAUCCAGACCUGCUUAAUAACCAGUUGCUGUCUUCCUUCUCCUCUCCUCUCCCCCCUGCUCAACAGGAAGUGGACGAACGGGACAUGAGGAGGUUCCAGCUGAAGAUUGCAGAGCUCCACUCGGUCAUUAGGAAGCUGGAGGACAGAAACGCACUUCUGGCAGAUGAGAGGAAUGAACUACUAAAGCGAGUGCGAGAGGCAGAGAGCCAAAUGAAGCCAAUGUUUGAGAAGAAUAAACGGCUGUCCAAGAAGAAUGAUGACCUCCUACAAACUCUCCAGCGGAUGGAAGAGAAGCUCAAGAACUUGAGUCGAGAAAAUGCAGAAAUGAAGGAAAAGGCCUCUUCCUCUAGACCACCCUCUCAACACCAGACCACUCAGCCUCAGUUAAAGCGACCCAGUUCCCUGACAGACCUUAGUCACGCCCACGAGGAACAGGAGGUGGAGUUCCUCAAACUGCAGGUUGCUGAGCAACGUGGCAUCAUUGACGAGCUCACGCAGGAACGGGACCGGUUGGCAAUGAACAAGAAAAACCGACGAAAAGCAACCAAGCUGCCAAAAAGGCAUGUUGUGGAGACAUAUUUUGGAUUUGAUGAGGAAUCGAUAGACUCUGAGACGUCAUCUCUCACCUCCUUUAACACCGACCUGACUGAUCGAACACCUGCCACACCUGAGGAAGAUUUGGAAGAGACUGUUUCCCGUGAGGAGUCAGAGCUUCGUUUCCGACAGCUCACCAGAGAGUAUCAGGCUCUCCAGCGAGCUUAUGCACUCUUGCAGGAGCAGAGUGGGGGAUCUCUGGAUGCCGAAAGGGAGGCCAGAACACGUGAGCAGCUUCAGAUGGAGCUAAGCAGCUGCCAGGCAAAGAUUAUUGACCUGGAGAAGGCCUUGGCAGAGAGUGGACAGGAUUCAAAGUGGGUGGAGGAGAAGCAAUACUUGAUCAGGACCAACCAGGAACUGCAUGAGAAGAUCUGUGCACUGCAGCAGGCAGAGUCGCGGCUGGAGGCCGAAGUUCAAGACGCGCGGGACCAAAAUGAGCUGCUUGAAUUCAGGGUGCUUGAACUAGAAGAAAGGGAACGCAGAUCUCCUGCACUCAAUCUCCACAUGUCUGCAUUCCCUGAAAACAGCAGCAGUGCCCUGCAGACCUACUGCCGCCAAGAGGGAGUGAAGGAUGUGAUAAUUCCCGAGCUUAUGAAAAAACUUGAUAUACUAGGAGAUAAUGGGAACCUCAGAAAUGAGGAGCAGGUGGCCGUGAUCCAGGCUGGGACUGUGAUCUCACUCUGUGAAAAGUGGUUGAAGCAGGUAGACAACACAGAGGCAGCACUGACUCAGAAAAUGAUUGACCUCGAAAACGACAAAGAGUUGUUCAGUAAGCAGAAGGGAUUCCUUGAAGAGGAGCUGGAUUACAGGAAGCAGGCUUUGGAUCAGGCUUACAUGAGGAUCGAGGAGCUGGAGGCCACGCUGUAUAGCGCUCUGCAGCAGGAGCAGCCGGCAUGCCAGGCGGUGGCUGAGUCGCUGACAGACAGGCAGAGGGAGGAGCUGAGGCUAGCCGUGGACAAGUUGCGGCGUCAGAUUCUCCGGCAGAGCCGGCAGUAUGACAGUCAGAUCUUACAGGAGCGCAUGGAGCUCCUACAGCAGGCCCAGCAGAGAAUUAGAGAGUUGGAGGACAGGAUUGACUUGCAAAAGAGACAAAUAAAGGAAAUAGAGGAAAAGUUUUUGUUCCUUUUCUUAUUUUUCUCUUUAGCAUUUAUUCUUUGGCCUUAAUGGAGGUGUCCAUGGACUCUCAGGUGUUGACUUGUUGUGGAGAGAAGCAGAGAAAACUUUAUUGUCUUUUUAUGUUUAUUUGUCAGUUUCAAACAACCUUAUGGCCUUUUUGAUAAAUGUGCACUUUGCAGAAAACCCCCUACUUAGAAAGCAAGCAGAUUUGAAAACUAAAAUCGUAUAUACUUUGAAGAAAAGUGCAUUGUUUAUUAUUACAGCAUUGCAUUUGUCUUUGAACCUGAAGCAAUGGACUUCUUGGUGGGAAUUAAAUCAAGCAGUUUUAUUGUGAGUUUCUGAACAUUUUACCGAUUUGGAAAAAAAA